AUGGAAAUCUGUUAUGUCACCAGCACCAUACCCCAGAUGCUGGCUCAACUUUUCACAGGUCAUGUAGCAUUGUCUUUAAUCCAUUGUGCGUUACAGAUGUACGUAGCUUUGUCUCUGGGUUCCGCUGAAGCACUUAUGCUGGGCGUCAUGGCCUACGACCGUUACUUAGCCAUCUGCCGCCCCCUGGUCUAUGCCACUGCCAUGGGAACAUGGCGCCAGCUCCAGCUUGCCUCUGCCUGCUGGGUCAGCGGCUUCGUAGUCUCCGCAGUAUACGUGAGCAUCACCUUUCAGCACUCGUUCUGUGGCUCUGGCUUCAUCAACCACUUUAUCUGUGAACUGCCGAUGGUACUGAAACUAACAUGCGCAGAUACCCACAUCACAGAAGCCGUCAUUUUUGUGCUUGGAGGGCUGGUCCUCCUGGGCCCCCUUUCACUUAUCUUGACCUCCUACGGGCUCAUCCUGUUCUCCGUGUUACAAAUGCGGUCCGCCGCUGGACUGCGCAAGGCCUUCUCUACAUGCGGCUCCCAUUUAGCCAUAGUCACCUUGUUCUAUGGCACCCUCAUCUUUAUGUAUAUCAGACCCCGGUCAGGAAGAUCUCCCAAUCAUGAAAAGCAAGUGGCUGUGUUUUAUGUUGUUGUCACCCCUCUUCUGAAUCCUGUCAUUUAUUCUCUGAGGAACAAGGAAAUCCAUAAAGCGAUGGCGAAGGUGUUGAGAAAAUGGGGCUCUGAAAAGAAAAUUGAGUACUUAUCUUGA